AUGGCGACAUCGGCAGCGAGGCCCGAGGUGGGCGAUAUCCUGCUCGUCAUCCAUGACUUCACUGCCCGAAGCUCCGAUGAGCUGACCCUGGCAAAGGGUGACCGCGUCGAAUUGGUAGAGAGGGACGACGAGUUUGGCGAUGGGUGGUUCCUGGGCAAACACCUGGUUAAUGGCAACAGUGGUCUGUUCCCGGAAGUCUACACCCGUCCGGCUCCUAGUAAUAGCAACAACGCCAUCAAGCCCGCUCCAAGCACUGCUGCGACGCCCGCCUCACAGCCGCAGCUACAGCCGCAAUCACAACCUCAGGCCCCGCCCGCUCAGUCUGCCGAGGUUCCCACCCCGGUUCAGGUCCAAUCGCCGCCACAGCCAGCUGCCCCGACGACCGAGCCUGCGCAAGCUGCAUUAUCACCGCCGCCCGACUUGAAGGCCGACAGCACCCCAGUGACGCUGCCGCUGUCUUCCUACAGUGCCCCCAACACUGGCACCAUUCCGUCCAAGAGCCCUCCAGUCUCGGCCGGCAUAGGCUCAUUUUCCCGCCUCAACCAGGGUCAGGACAAUCACGUCCUCCACGAGACCCUCAACGUCAUUGACGAGCAUAUUGACGACCUUCGAUCUACCCCGAGACAUGGCAGUGUCUCGCGGCACGCCAACGACUCUGGAAGCGAAUACAGCUCGAACAUAGACCACCGGUUGUCCUACAUAGCAGGCGAAGAGACAGACGAGGAGGAGGAAGGUGCACACUCUCGUUCCGAGGUCGAGUCUUGGACGCCCGACGAGGUUGCAGAGUACCUCUUCACCUCGGGGGUCGAGAAGCACCAUUGUGAGGUAUUCCGAGAUCAGGAGAUCACUGGAGAGGUGCUUUUGGGUAUGGAUCAAACGUCGCUCUUCAUCAAGGCUUUCGACCUCGGCUCCGUGGGUCGGAGGCUGAAGACCUGGCAGAAGGUCAAGGCAUUACAAGACGAGGUCAAUGGAAUCUUCACACGACCAACUACACAGACGUACGGCAGCGAAGCAGGGUCAGAUGUUGGCAGACGGACUAGGAGCAGGAACAACACCAUCACCUCUAUAAGCAGGCUUCCCCCGAUCGGCGAUCGGCCCAUGUCGCAACAAAAGCGAAGGUCGGUCGCAACGACACCUAAGCUCGAGCCUGCGGGCAUGCCAGGAUCUCCCGUGUCACCAAGAACACUUCUUGACAGCCCUUCCCGGCCAAACCAUGAGAAGCGUCCUUCAGCCGCAUCAAUCCGCGAUCUGCAUCACUCUAGGAGACAUUCGUCGACGGAUUUCCGGCUUCCAGUGAUGAGCCUCAACAGUGGUGGCCCAGCCCCAAAGUUGAUGCCCAGCGGAACAUUCCCUCUGCAGGAGUCAGCCCAUAAGAAGCAGCCGUCCUUUGACCGGAACUGGACACUAGGAGGCGCUGCAGUCACCAGGCCCGUCUCCGGCUCUAACUUCCUCGCUCCCGAGAAUGAAUUGCAGGAUUCUGCCGUGGACCUCGACCGCGGCUACUUCUCUAGUGCAGAGGGCAGCAGUAGGAAUCGAAACGUGCUUAAGAAGCGCGACAGCACGGCGUCACACUCACGCAACACAAGCUACACGGAAGAGCAGAGGGUCAGGAGCGCAACCGCCAUGGCCCGCCACUCCAGGUUUGGUAGCAUUGGUUCUAUACGGGGCGAGCCGCUGUCGCCUGCAGCUCAGAAGUACUACGGCGCGCCGGCUGCGAAUGGGAGUCAUAGGAGGACCCUUUCGACAAACACGACCGAGUCCCUACGUCCUGCAGUGCCAAGCAAAGACAGCCCCCCAACGGUUACAAAGCUUGAUACCGCGUCCGUUGACAACCUGCGCCCCUCACCAUCUCUGCCAGUGUCACCAGCUCACCGCCAAGCCCUGGCCAACGACCUGAUGCAAAAACCAACGAAGACCAGCGGGGUCAGAGCCAUAUCUGAUGCGGUUACCGGACAAGAGCGUGCCAAGAUUGCCCCAGCUCUCGACUCGCCGCUGCGGGACUCGCCGAUGCAGUCUCCCUCUAGGACAGGGUCUAGUACGCCCUCAGUGGGACCGAGUCUCGAGCUAGAGUCUCCUGAUGUCUCGAAGAGUCCAGGCACUCUGGCCUCAACGGGCAGCCGCGGUAACAAGAAGAAAGGUAAGAAAGAGACGAGUGCAUACACGCGUGGUUUGCUCAAGGUUAGUCCGCGUGAAGCGAUGGUGGACGCAGACUACAGCGGCUGGAUGAAGAAGAAGAGCAACGGCCUCAUGACAACGUGGAAGCCGAGGCUGUUUGUUCUCAAGGGCAGGCGUCUCGCAUACUAUUACUCGGAGGACGACGAGCAAGAAAAAGGCCUCAUCGAUAUAUCCUUCCACAGAGUUCUGCCAGCUGACAACGAGAGACUGACCGGGCUCCAUGCAACACUCACUGGCGCAUCGAACUCACCUGCCGUGCCCGUUAACAGCAACGUACGCACAAUUGCUGCCACGGAGGCUGACGCGGAUCCAACGGCAGCGUCCGAUUCGAUAUUCAUCUUCAAACUGGUUCCUCCCAGGGCCGGUCUUUCUCGGGCUGUCAACUUCACCAAACCGACCGUCCAUUACUUCGCUGUGCCAAAUAUCAAGCAGGGCCGGCUCUGGAUGGGGGCUCUUAUGAAAGCAACUAUCGACAGGGACGAUAACCAACCGAUUGUCACCAGUUAUCAGCAAAAGACAAUCUCGCUCGCAAAGGCCCGCCAAAUGCGCCACAGGCCGCCUGCGCUGAUGAACCUGGAUGAGAAGAUGGAAGCCGGUGAAGAUGAGUCGCCAGACCCCAGCAAGAGCAUAGAUGGCGGUGGUCUGGGCAUCUACAAUGGAAAUGGAAACGGAGAGGACAGUGCAGUGGCCGGGCUAGAGAAGCUCGGUCUCUCCAAGGUGGAGAGUGUCGGGAGCAGGAGAGCGUUCCCAUUUAUCGGAAAUGGAGAGGUCUCGCCGGCGAACUUGCCCCAGAGCGCAUAA